AUGGAGACUUCAACGAAUGGACAUUCGACUUCUCACCAGAAAGGGUAUGCAGAGUUCCCACAUUUGGCUCGAGAUGCUACACAUGAUGGAAAGCCGGCUUUGAAUCGAUACUCGACAUUCAUUACACGGAAACAUGAUUUUCCCGCUGCGAAGGCAAUGCUGUACGCAGCGGGUGUUCCGGACGAGGAGACGAUGAAGAAUAGCCCCCACGUGGGAGUUGCUUCAGUUUGGUGGGAAGGAAAUCCAUGCAAUAUGCAUUUACUUGAUCUUGGAAAAGCCAUCAAAGAAUCCGUACAGAAAGAAGGCUUUCUAGGCUGGCAAUACAACACCAUCGGAGUCUCAGACGCAAUCACCAUGGGAAAUGAGGGCAUGCGUUUCUCGCUUCAAUCCCGUGAGAUCAUCGCCGACAGCAUCGAGACAGUGACAUGUGCCCAACACCACGACGCCUGCAUCGCCAUCCCCGGCUGUGACAAAAACAUGCCUGGCUGUGUAAUCGGAAUCGCUCGCCACAACCGGCCUUCUAUCGUCGUGUACGGCGGCACCUUGAGGAGCGGAUUCAGCAAAACGCUCGGGAAAGCCGUUGAUAUCAACUCCUGCCAGGAAGUCCAUGGAGCCUAUUUAUUCGAUACUCUGAAGUAUUGGAGUAAAGAGGAUAAGUCCGCAACACCGGAGCAGAUCAUGUGUGAUGUGGAGAGGAAUUCGGUUGUUGGGCCGGGUGCUUGUGGUGGGAUGUAUACAGCCAAUACGCUCGCCACUGUGAUCGAAACACUGGGCCUCUCCCUCCCUGGCUCAUCCAGCACACCGGCAUCCGCGCCCUCCAAAAUGCGAGAAUGUGCUCGUAUAGGUGCGGCGAUUCGAGUUUGUCUGGAGAAAGACAUCAAACCACGAGAUAUCCUCACCAAAAAGGCAUUCGAGAACGCACUCGUGAUGAUAAUGGCAAUCGGUGGUUCAACAAAUAGCGUUCUUCACAGUCUCGCUAUGGCAAGAAGUGCAGACGUUGAUUUAACACUCGAUGAUUUCCAGCGCGUAUCAAACAAAAUCCCUUUCAUUGCGAAUCUCGCUCCAAGCGGAAAGUAUAGUAUGGCGGACCUCUACGAAAUCGGUGGAAUUCCCUCUGUCAUGAAAAUCCUCAUUGCGGGAGGUCUCCUUGAUGGAAGCGCGCUGACCGUGACUGGCAAAACACUCGCCGAGAAUGUCGAGUCCUGGCCUUCUCUCCCACAAGGUCAAGAGAUCAUCCGCUCGCUGGAUAAUCCGAUUAAAAGUAGUGGACAUCUCGAGAUCUUGCGAGGGAAUAUCGCGCCGGGUGGAGCGGUGGCGAAGAUCACGGGGAAGGAAGGGAUGAGGUUUACGGGCAAGGCGAGGGUUUUCAAUAAGGAAGUUGAACUUACGAGGGCGUUGAAUCAGGGGAAAUUCUCGAAUACUGAGAAUCUUGUUUUGGUUGUGAGGUAUGAGGGUCCGAAAGGUGGACCUGGUAUGCCGGAACAGCUUCGUGCUUCUGCGGCACUGAUUGGAGCUGGGUUCAAGAAUGUGGCGCUGAUUACUGAUGGGAGGUAUUCUGGUGCUUCGCAUGGAUUUAUUGUUGGACAUAUCGUGCCCGAAGCAGCAGUCGGAGGUCCCAUUGCGAUUAUUCAGGACGACGAUAUCAUCGACAUUGACGCACAGACUAAUGAGCUGAAGAUGCCACAUGUGAGCGAUGAAGAGAUUCAGAGGAGACUGAAAGAGUGGAAACCGCCCGUGCAGACUAUUACGAGGGGUGUGUUGGGGAAAUACGCGAGGUUGGUGGGUAAUGCUUCGGAGGGCGCGGUGACGGAUAUUUUCUGAGGGGAUCUCGAAAAUUGAGACGGAGGAGUUGGGCUUGGAAAAUAGAUGGAGAUUAUUUAGUUAUGUCUAGAUAGAUGGUCGUUCUGAAAUUGUACUCUUCCUGUCUUUGUGUCGGGGUUGGUACCCACUGUUUCGAGCCUCUCAGCUUCCACUUCAUCCAUCCUCCUGACAAUACUUCCUCCAAUUAUGCUGCUCCUCAAACCCCAACAUCUCCUUCAUCUUCCUAUUCGACAUCGGCGCCUCUCUCCUACCUAUAUUCCUCGUAAACGGCGUCUCCGGACACAUCCUCUUCAAAAACCCCUCCGUACUCCCAUCCCUCGAGACAAAAUUCGUAAUCUCAUCAUUUGUCGCAUUGAAAACCUGCCAUUCCAACCCAUCAACCCUCACACACCUCUCACACAUCUCCCCUAAGUCCCUGGCAUCGGUGUACGACCACCCGUGGACCUUCCACUCUUCUGGCUUCUCAAUGUAAGCGUUAAAGACGUCCGUCUUGUACUCCUCGGGUGUGAUGAGUGCUCCUAUUCUUAAGGCGUAGAUGUCGGUUCCAAAUCGACGAGCGAACCCUCGAGCGAUUCUCUCACCGCAGAGUUUGGAGAUGGAAUAGGUGUCUGUAGGGUUCACGUCGAUUUCUUCAUCAAUGGGAAAGGAUGUGAAAUCGACAUCUCCCUCACCGAAUGUGACGCCAUAGACACAGACUGAGCUUGCGAUGAUGAUUUUUGGUAUUCCGAGUUUGCAAGCUGCUUCGAUAACAUUGUAUGUCCCAACAGUAUUAACGCGGAAUGUCUCAUUGUCUGGGACGAGCAUAUUGCGAGCGUGGCCCGCGAGAUGGAUCACAGCGUCUGGAGGCUGGAAGGGGUGUGAGUGGAUUGGAAAGGGCUGAGUGAGUUUGAAAGGUGAGGUGAGCGCGUUAAAGACUUGACCGCUGGAUGUAAGGUCUGUUUUGAUUGUAUGGACGUCGGGGAUUGGUUGAGAUGGUACGGUGAGGUCUAGAUUGAGGAUCUCGUGGCCACGGGAAAGAAGGUGCGGAAUUAUGUAUUGGCCUGCUUUUCCGGAACCGCCUGUUACGAUGAUUCGCUUGCCUUUGGAUAGUGAAGAGGUACUGGAGUAGAAGCGUGAGGAGAGAACAUGUUCCAGGCGGAGAGUGUGCCGGAGCAUGUUAGAGCUGACCCGAUUGGGGAGGAGAUUUGAGCUGGGCGUAGAUCAUUAAAGAAACAAUCAGAUACAAUGUGUCAAAACUCCCACCUUUGAAUUUGAGCUGGCUCUUCUCUCUGGUAUCGCAAGGACC